AUACUCCCGACGUUUCGGUUACUUUUCAGCAACCAUGAUCACGAGCAGGCGAUUUUGCAAAAAUAAAUCACGCGUAGUUUAUUCGAAAAAUACUAGUUUCAUUUAAAUCUAAGCAAAUAUUUAAAAAUUAUUUUAACUCUUUAACAACGACCCUGAGGCAAGUUAUAUCUGAAUGACAACUAGUCAACUAGCAAAUCAACAUAAAAUAUGAACAUUGUAAUCAGCAGUGAUAAAAAACACGGGCCUACAAUGAUAAUUUAUUUUCUUACGAGCUGCAUAACUUAUUCCAGUCACCUUUUGACUUUCAACUGUGAUAAUAUGUGUGAGUCUUGUCCUACGAUACGAAGUAACAUUCCAUAAGUUUAAUCACAAAUUGUCAAAAUGACUGGUGUUCUAUUAUUGCAAUCUUCGCCACCGAAAUUACAAGAUGUGCAAAAGAAAAUAUUUAGUAAAGAUGCAUUGAAUUUCAUAGCAAACCUUCACAGAGAAUUUGAUACCAGAAUUGAUAAACUUUACAAUGAACGUUUGCGGCGUUCUGCUAUAAAGUCCGCUGAGGGUCUAAAUUUUAAAGUUUCUUCAGAACGUAAUGAUAAAAGUUGGAAAGUUGGUCCUUUACCAAUAAGGCUUCAAAACCGUCACUUAGAUUUAGGUGAUGUUUCGGCAUCCAACACAGCACAUUUCACCGCAGCUUUAAAAGCAGAUGUUCAAGGAGUGCAGGUCGACUUUGAUGAUGGUCAUUGUCCCACAUGGAGGAACCAAUUAUUGGCAUUUAAUAAUAUAUAUUUGGCUGUUCAUGGCAAACUUCAGGGAGCUCCCAUUAGUAUAGCAACCUGCCCAAUUCUAAUGCUUAGACCGAGAGCUUGGAAUAUGAUAGAUCAUGAUAUUCUUAUUGAUGGCAAGGAGGCAAUAGGUCCAUUAGUAGAUUUUGGUAUUCUUAUGUAUCAUAAUGCUAAGAAGCUGUACGAGGCCAAUAGUGGACCAUAUUUUUACUUAUCAAAACUAGAAGGAUCAAAUGAAGCACAACUUUGGAAUGAAAUUUUUGUAUGGACACAAAAACAACUCGACCUGCCCCAUGGAACCAUCAAAGCCUGCAUUUUAAUAGAAAAUAUUCUUUCUACAUUUGAGUUAGAGGAAAUUUUAUUUCAACUUAAGGACCAUUGUAUGGGUUUGAAUUGUGGAAUAUGGGAUUAUUGUGCAUCAAUCAUAGCAAAGUUUGGGGACCGAAAGGAAUUUUUACUUCCUGAUAGGAAUAAGUAUGUUAAUAUGGACCGCAAGUUCCUUGAUAGUUAUAUGAAGAUGGUGGUCCAUACAUGUCAUGCGAGGGGUGCAUUAGCCACGGGUGGAAUGGCCGCCUCUGUACUGAAUCCAGGAACAGACGGAAGUGAUAAUGGAUCAAAGAAAAUUAUAAAUAAGGUUCUGGAGGCAAAAAUGAAAGAAAUAGAAUCUGGUGUGGAUGGUUUCAUGGUGUAUGAUUCGCGUAUCGUUCCCCAUAUCAAUGAAUUAUGGAAAAAGAGUGGGGCUUUACCGAAUCAGAUCCAUCGCAUUUUAGACUUGAAUGUUACUGCACAAGAUUUAUUGACAAUUCCAAGCGGAGGUGUUACUAUGCAAGGUCUAAAACACAACGUAGCAGUCGCCAUCUUGUUUAUUUAUCACUGGUUGGCGGGAAUCGGACAUUUUUUUUAUAAUGGCAACGUCGAAGAUUCAGCCACAGCGGAGAUUUCGAGAGCACAAAUAUGGCAAUGGAUAAGAUUUGGGCCUGCUUUAGAAGACGAUCCAAAUAUAAAUGUUACACCAAAACUUGUUGAAAAAGUUGCAUCAAUUUUUGCUUCACACGCUCACAAAAAUCUUUGUCGAUCAAACGCUGAAAGGAAACGUCUAACAGCAGCGAAAUAUAUGUGUUUAGAGAUAUUUCUAUCAAGAAAUCCGCCCGAAUUCAUUACAAGCUAUUUAAAUGACAAUCAUAAAUUCAGGACCUUACAUAACAAGUCUCUAUUAAGUAAUCUUUAAAUAAGACAGGUUAAAUUGGGGAAAACAUAUAUAUAUAUAUAUUUAUAUGUCAUGAGAUGAAUCUAUAUACCAAAGGCAUAAGUAGAUAUAUUAUGUUUAUAUUUAUGUUUAAUACUACUAUAUUAUAGAGUACAUAAUUAUGUUAAGAACAGAUUCAUAGUUUUUCUUAUUUUUCAUAUAAUACCUACAUAUUUUAUGGGUGAGUACAUUAAAUGAAGACUAUCCCACUUUCAAAUUAAUGAACUGUAUUUUUUAUAUCAAUAAUUAAUUAAUAUACAAUAUAUUAGUGAUAUUUAAGGUAUAUGUAUUACAUAAUAAGCCAAAUGAAUUAUACAUAGUUUUAAUUAUACAAAUGUUAUACUAUUAUA